AUCCGGUUCUCCCACCGCCCCCGCUGCGGGUCGCAGCAGUCCGUGCGGCGGCGGCUCCGUGGCAGGUUCGGCCUCGCACGCGCCUCCCAUCCAGCGCCGCCAAGAUGCCCAAGAGGAAGGUUAGCGCGGAUGGAGCGGCGAAGACGGAGCCCAAGCGCCGCUCCGCGAGGCUGUCGGCCAAGCCCGCCCCUGCCAAGGUGGACGCGAAGCCGAAAAAGGCCGCGGGAAAGGAUAAGUCGUCAGAUAAAAAAGUGCAAGCAAAAGGGAAGCGGGGAGCAAAGGGCAAACAAGCUGAAGUGGCCGACCAGCAAACCACGGAUCUGCCCGCAGAGAAUGGAGAGACCGAGAACCAGAGUCCAGCCUCUGAAGGAGAAGAGAAAGAAGCCAAGUCCGACUAACCAUCCAUCAUGUCUGUCAGUGUCCCCGCCUCCCUUCUUGUACAAUC